AUGGGGGUGCUGGGGUCACAGGGGGGGGCGAUUUCCUUCCCUUCAGCUCGUCUCACUGUGAGUCCCAGCAGCUCUCAAAUAUUUGAACGUGAGUCUGUGUCUCUGAGCUGCGAGGACGAUGACGGAUCAGAUGGAUGGAGAGUGAAGAGGAACACGAGCAGAGACGCAGCGGUUACAUGUGGAGCUGGUUGGGGAACACUGAGUGGCUCCACCUGUGACAUCUCCUCCAUGGUCCCAUUUGACAGUGGAGUUUACUGGUGCGAGUCCAGCUCUGCAUCCAGCAGCAGCAGCAGCAGCAGCAGCAGCAUCAACAUCAGUGUCUCUGGUGGAUCAGUGAUCCUGCAGAGUCCUGUCCUCCCUGUGAUGGAGGGACAUGAUGUCACUCUGCACUGUCAAACAAAGAGCCCUCCCUCCAAGCUCCCAGCUGAUUUCUAUAAAGAUGGCUCCCUCAUCAGGACUGAGCCUACAGGUCACAUGACCAUCCACCGUGUCACCAAGUCUGAUGAAGGAGCCUAUAAAUGCAGCAUCCAGGCUGGUGGAGAGUCUGCGUCCAGCUGGAUGCUGGUCUCAGGUCAGCAGGAGCUGCCCUUUAGUGCAGCUACUGGUUUAUACUGGUAGAGCUGGUGAAGUCUG